CCAGACGCCUUAUAAUAACCCAUUUGCAAGUGAACGCUAACCGUCGAAGCAAGUUCGCAUCAGUUGGAUAUCUAAUCUCGAAAGGAACGAAUGCUUUUUUGAAUUACGCGCGACAAUAUUUUGUUUUCAGUAAUAAAUCGUGUUUACAUUAUUGUGGGCUAGUUUUUAAAGACCUUAUUCGUUUUUGGACAUCGUUUCAAGAUGAAGAAUUACGUAUACGUCAUCAUAGGAAGUAUACUCCUAAGCACAGUAUCCCAUGCAGUUCCUCUCGAAGGAAUUAGCGAGACGAUCGGCGAUCAAAAAGACGCAAAACUAGACGACCAACCUUACGGCCUAGCAGAGAGUAAUGUCAAAGAAAAUAAAUCAGGACAAAGAGAAAAAAGAUUUUACAAUUACCUUGACUACAAUAACGAUUUCAAUAUAAACCAAGAUUUUCCUAUUCCUUUCCGUCAAAAUAUCCAAAGAAGGGAACCAUACAAUAGCUUCGGAAACUAUGGCUCACAAGAUCCAUUUGAAUUGAUUCUCAGGAAGCUGCAGGAAAUUGCAAGAGACAGAACCUACUUACCUCCACGCACGAUAACCAUACCAGUUCCAACCUAUAUUCCCGUAUUAUACGUUCCACAAGUAACUUGCGAUUGUACAUCAAAGGAUGAAACAAGAAAACCACUUCCUGUAAACAACAAAACUAUGCCUGAUUUUCCAGAUAGAUUCUCGCCUAUAGAUAACACAGACAGUUCGGAAGAUUAUACUGAGGAUGAAGGAUCGAGACCGCUUUCAUUUAAUCCUGUGUCAUUAGAAGAACCAUUAAGUAAACCGCCGCCCCCAGUAGAACACGGAAGUGUCCAGGCGGGGCUCGAGCCAGCAAUGCCGGAACUAAUAACAAGAAAUCCAGUAACUCAUGAAAAAGAUGAUUCAUCUCAAGACUCAUCACCACCUACACCCUGCGAGAAGGCAUCUGUAUCAUGUUGUCUUCAGCCUACAAUCAACUAUGCUUGUUUCACGUCAUACGGAUGCAAAGAUUAUGCGUAUUUUAAAAAUGGAUGCGUUCUAGAUAAUAUGUUACCCGCAAUACAGAAGUUAGAAAGAUUCUUAAAACAAAAAGUAUCCACUGGAAGUUAAAAUAUAGUUAAACACUAAAGAAUGCAAACAUAUAUAUUAUUCUACUAGCGGAUCCCACUGACGCGGACGUUGGUGCAUACGCAUUACAUACAAAAAAAGCUAAUAAUGUAAAUCAUUCCCGACUCCACUUGAACACAAAAAAUUUCAUCAUAAUCAUAGUUUCGUUUAGGAGUUUAUUUACGAACGCUUACACAGAAUAUUUUUAUUUAUACCAGCUGUUUAUUUGCUAUAUAGAUAAAUAACCUAAAUACCGACUCAGCGCCAUCUGCAGGGCUGAUUUGUGAAUUUAAACCAUCUAGGGCGCCAUUCAAACGAAUACAAAAAAUUAUUUCAAAUUGAUCCAGCUGUUUAAGAGGAUUUCAACGAUUACACGUCUUGUACAGUAGAAUUAUAUAUAUAACUUAUAUUAAUAAGGUUUACCUUGUCUUGUAAGAACGUGAUCCAGAAUGUUAUAUAUAAAAAACAUGCUAAGUUU